CACAACAACAGAUAAAGCACAGGCAAAAAGCGCCAGCCGGUGAUGGUUAAAUUUUCAGUAUAAAAAAUUCGCCAAUGUGUAUUUAAAACGUUUUUUCCAAGUACGCCUUUAUCGCGCAAAGGUGUGUGCCCCCAGGCCGGAAAGGGGAGUUCCACAGAUUUCUCCGAUCACGAGGAAUUACGCUUGCAAUCCGUCCACUUCUUAUUAUAUUUGUUCCCGCAUGACGUAGUUUUGCGUUGAAAGUGAAACCGCGGAGCACCCCCAAUCACAACAAUAGCACAACACCGAUCAGUAUCUAAAGUUCGAUAGUGUCGCAGCGCGCCGUUGCAGGAUGCUGAUGCGCGGCGUGCAGCUCCUGCAUCGAAGACACCAGCAGUUUGGAAGGGCCUUCAGCCAGUGCUCCUUGCGCCAUGACGCCGGCAAUCCUUGGAGACGGAAUGAUGGCGAAACAUCCAGGCCGCAUCCCUGGAAGCGACCCGGCAUGUUUCUCCAGUUUCGCUGCAGUGCCGGCGGCAGUGAUUCAAAGAAGAAGGAGCAACUGGCUCUGGAGGAGUCCACCGCUGUCACAGCCGCCGCACAGCCAAAGGAGAAGCAAACGAAAAAUUUUGAGGUAAAGACCUCCAAGGGCAUCCUGUCCAUCAGCACCACCAUCGAGGACUCCAAGAUCAAUGAAAUCGUGUUCGAGAAGUCCGAUCUGCCGCCGGUGUCCAAGCUGAAAGAGCCGGCUCUAGCUGCAGCGGCCAUCAAUCUGAGGGCCAGCGCCAGCUCCACUGGAGCAAGUGGAGGAGGUAGCAUUAUGAACCCUCCUGAAACGAUUCCACCAAAGCCUGGCACAUCUAUAACUGAUUUGACUAAAGCAGCAAUAGUGGUAAAAGCGGUAGAAGCUACUGCUCCUUCAUCCCAGCCAGCAGAUGUUCCGCCUCCGAUGCCUGUUCUUCCUCCCAAGCGACCGCGUUUUGAUUAUCGCGCCUCUCUGGAGCGUAAUUUUGUGACGCCCAAUCGGGCCAUAAGCGAUUUCUUGCUAACAGCUGCGGACCUCGAAAGCCUACCCAAGAUCAAGCGGAGAUCUCCGUACGAACAGGAGCCACCCAUGACCGUCUAUUGGCGCCGCGAUGUGGAGGCCAAAGCCGUCGAGGUGUGGGGCUCUAAGGAGAACCUAUUGCGAGAGCGACUUAAGCGGGAGAUAGAGCGUAAGCAGUACCAGCAGAUCUAUGACUCCACAGAUCUUUUCACUGUCAAGCGGCGGCUGCGCGACUACCGCAGGGAGAUGGGAUCCCGCACCAAAGUGAUGCUUGACAAUCGGAAGGAGUCGGAGAAGUCGGGCCAAGUGGUGGCUACCGCCAUUGCCAUCAAUGCGGCUAAUUUGCUUUUCAAAGCUGGAGGAUGGCUGUACAGCGGUUCCCACAGCAUGUUCGCGGAGGUUAUCCACUCACUGGCCGACUUGAUCAACCAGCUUAUCCUCGCCUUUGGCAUAUACAAGUCCUCCCAGAGCCCAGACAUCGAUCAUCCUUACGGUUACAUGAAUAUGCGAUAUGUUUCCUCGCUGAUUUCUGGCGUAGGCAUCUUCUGCGUUGGCUGUGGCCUGUCCAUUUACCACGGCAUUGACGGCAUUCUCCACCCGGAGCCCAUCGCGGAUCUGUUUUGGGUGUACUGCAUCCUCGCAGGGUCCCUGGUUUCUGAGGGAGCCACGUUGGUGGUGGCCAUCAAUGAGCUGAAGCGAUCAGCCAAAGAAAACAACAUGACCUUCAAGGACUAUGUGAUUUCUGGCAAGGAUCCGUGCGUUAAUGUGGUGCUCUGCGAGGACGCUGCUGCUGUAACUGGCGUCAUGGUGGCUGGAGCUUGUAUGGGAUUGAGCAGCUACACAGGAUCUCCCAUCUUUGAUGCCGCUGGAUCCCUGGUCAUUGGAGCUCUCUUGGGGGCCGUGGCCUCCUUUAUCAUUUACACAAAUGCCAAUGCUCUGGUGGGCAUAUCCAUCUCCUCUGAGCGACUGGAAAAGAUUAACUCUGCUUUGGAGGCUGAUGUCAUGAUCAGAGCCAUUUACGAUGUCAAGGGCAUCGAUAUUGGCAACGCUCGUGUCCGCUACAAGGCUGAGCUAGACUUCGACGGUCGUGAGCUGACGCGUUCGUAUCUGGACAAACAGGAUCUGGCCAAGCUGCUUACGACGGUUCGAGGCUUUGAGAAGGUGGAGGAUCUGGAGGGCUUUCUGCUGGAUCAAGGCGAAAACAUUGUGGACCUGAUGGGCGGUGAAAUCGAUCGCAUCGAGAUGAAUCUGCGGACGCAAUUCCCGGAAAUACGUCACGUGGACCUGGAAAUACUCUAAGCCCCCUCCAUUCGCCUGGGGACCUGUUGAUAUCAUAAAGCAUUGGGUGAUUUGGUCGCUUUCUAUAAGAAAUUUUUGCCCGUCUAGCUUAUAUUUAUUUCCCAUUGUGUACUUUUAGAUGUAAUUCUUAAAAAUAAGCAUUAAAAGUGUAUUGCCUCGGGCUUGACAGGAGUCCGGCGGUUUAAGGAAAAUUCGCCGGUACCUAUCCGUUUUCAAAGUAGUUUGUUCGUUGAAUUGUAGAGCGUUUUCCUUAAAUAUUCCUUCGCCUGCUCUUGUGUACCAUAAAUAAUGUAAUUAUUAUGCAACGUU